UUGCCAUUUAUUUAUAUACAGAUUUAUACCUACAUAGUAUUUGCAAAUUGGUACAUUGCUGAGUUUUUCUACAUUUUUACAUUGCUCUAGAAAAUAUAGUGAAACCAUAGCUAAAUAUAUGUAAAUAUCACUAUAUUAUAUGUAUAAUUGUUAUACACAUGCUGACACGUAUUUCUACAAGCUUUGUCAAAUAAACUACUUUUCUACUAACUUCGAGGAUUUUCAAAGUGGAUAGAAAUAACACUGGCCAGGGCAAAUUUUUGCUUGAAGCAUGUAUUUCUAUUAAAAGGAGUAUGAUAUUCAAAAUUAGAUAUCGAAAAAUAUAGUCAAAGCUUGCAGGAUACGUUUAUUAAUUCGAAAUAUUAUUUGCCUAUAGAUUUUUUCCGUUCCAUCUUUCCGACGACGCAGAUACCGAAAUAUCAAAAUAAACAACUUAAAAGUAUUCCCGGAUCGACCUUGCAUCUAAACAUAAGCUACGAAAUACAGAACUCGCCAUUAGUUACCAGAUUUCUUAUUUUCGCUUAACCGCAAAGAUCCGAUUCGCUGGGUACCUUAUCAAUUCAAAGGGCUAAAAGCAGUAGUUUAGGUUAGCAAAAUGUCACUUUGGGCUAAGGCACAGCAGCUGCCGCCAGACGCACUCCAGCAAGUGCGCUCCGUCUAUGGGGAACACUUUCCCAUAGAAGUACGACAUUUUCUAUCCACAUGGAUCGAGGAUAAAGUCUGCCGGCCCGAUAUUGAGCCAGACAAUCCACAGUAUGAGCAAUACAUAGCAAACCUGUUACCAGCCCUAAUCCAAGAACUGGAUUCCAAGGCUGCAUCCAUAAACACAGAAGAUUUGUUUUUAACAAAAAUCAAGUUAAUAGAUGCAGGCAAGAUGUUCAGACAGCGAUACUCGCAGAACCCUGCAACAUUGUUCAGAAUCAUCCGACACUGCCUGGGGACAGAAAUGAAAUUAGUAGCACAGGCUGAAAACAUAGCUGGGGGACUAAUGAACAUGACAGAUGGACGUGUAGGCAUGAUGGUUGGGGACGCGGUUGCAGUGAUUGCACAACAGGUAGAGGAAUUGCGCCGCACAACACAAGAAACCGGUGAAGAUUUGCGCAGAAUGGAGCAGGAACAGGAAGCUUUUGCCAUCAGCUACCACGAAUGUACAAAAUUGAACACGCAUUUGCAACAUCUUUCUACCCAACCACAAAGCCAGCAAAGUCUCGAUCUUGAAAAGAAGAUACGCAGACAAAAGGAACAGCAAGAACAGCUGCUAAAUCACAAGGUAGCUGGUUUGAUGCAGCUCCGUUUGACGUUAGCUGAUAAAUUAAAGGAUACUAUUGGGAGGCUCGCCAACUUGCAGUCUAAGGUGCUCGAUGAUGAACUAAUCAGGUGGAAAAGGGAUCAACAACUAGCAGGGAAUGGAGCAUCUUUCAACAGUAAUUUGGAUUCGAUUCAAGAAUGGUGUGAGAGUCUUGCCGAAUUGAUAUGGCACAAUAGACAGCAGAUCAAAGAGGCUGAGCGCCUGAAACUGAAGUUGGCCCUUGAUCCUCCUGGUGUACAGGAUAUUUUACCAACUUUGAACUCACAAAUCACCCAGCUUUUAAGCUCACUUGUCACAAGCACUUUUAUUAUUGAGAAGCAACCACCACAGGUCAUGAAAACCAAUACUCGAUUCACGAGUACAGUUCGUCUUCUGGUUGGCGGAAAAUUGAAUGUGCACAUGACCCCUCCGCAAGUGAAGGUCAGCAUAAUUAGUGAAGCGCAGGCUAACGCUUUGUUGAAGAGUGAUAAAAUGGCAAAAAGUGGCGAGGCUAGCGGAGAGAUUUUGAAUAACACAGGCACUAUGGAGUACCAUCAGGCAACGCGACAACUUUCUGUCAGCUUCAGAAACAUGCAGCUCAAGAAAAUAAAGCGAGCAGAGAAGAAAGGGACGGAGUCUGUGAUGGACGAAAAAUUCUCUCUUCUCUUUCAAUCACAAUUCAGUGUUGGAGGUGGAGAACUGGUCUUUCAAGUAUGGACUCUCAGUCUCCCUGUGGUGGUGAUUGUUCAUGGUAAUCAGGAACCACAUGCCUGGGCCACAGUAACCUGGGACAACGCUUUUGCCGAACCUGGAAGAGUGCCAUUUGCAGUCCCAGAUAAAGUGCAGUGGGGCCAAGUUGCUGAAGCUUUGAAUGUCAAAUUCAGAUCAGCUACUGGACGGCCUUUAACGGAAGACAAUCUACGAUUCUUGGGGGAAAAAGCUUUCCGAGGUGGAAAUGCAGGCGGACAAAAUUAUUCAGCAAUGCCCCUGAGUUGGGCUCAGUUUUGCAAGGAGCCACUACCUGAUAGGAAUUUUACUUUUUGGGAGUGGUUUUAUGCAGUUAUGAAGCUGACCAGGGAACAUUUACGAGGCCCUUGGAUGGAUGGCUACAUACUAGGCUUUGUCCGAAAGAAGCAGACGGAGGAAAUGUUGGCUCAGUGCGCUUCAGGAACUUUCCUAAUGCGCUUUUCAGAUUCAGAACUUGGCGGUGUUACUAUUGCCUGGGUUGGUGAUCAAACAGAAGUCUUCAUGUUACAACCAUUCACCAGCAAAGACUUUGCUAUUCGAAGCCUAGCUGAUCGUGUCUCUGAUCUACAACAUCUGCUGUAUUUGUAUCCUGACCUUUCCAAGGACCAGGCCUUUUCGAAAUACUACACACCAUUUACAGAAAAUCAGCCCACCUCAAAUAAUGGAUACGUUAAGCCAUUGUUAGUAACACAUGUGCCUGGUUGGGGUGGUCCUGGAGUCGGUGGUCAAACGCCUUCACACUCAUCAGUUGUUGGUGUGGGAGGAGGACAGGGAGGACCAGGUGGAAGCUAUCCUACGACCCCAUCUUCUAUAUUCCAAGCACACAGCCCUGACCCCUCCGUCACCCGAGACACCCCGUCUGUCGCAUCAAGCUAUGCUCCGGGCCCUGGCCAGUCGGGGGUGGGAAGGCCCAGCGCGGAUAUGGACUACGUAGAGUUCAUCGGCAAUGACCUGCAGCCAAUGGAUGACAAUUUGAACUUGGAUGGGCUCAACGGCUUCGGCUUCUCCGACUUCAUGCAAUCCUACAACCCCAAGCCCCAAUAGGUAUGCCCGCAAAUUUUUAUCGAUAAUCGAUUAUUGAAUCACCAUUUUCAAUUUUCUGUUUUUAAAAUUCUAUCAAUUCUAUAUGGCGGAUUUAAUCCGCUCCUCGUUAUGAAAGAGGGGUAUAGCAGAUGAGGAGUGUAAGUCCAAACCAGAUGACAUAUUGUUAUUGAGAUUACAUGAUUGUGUUACAUUAUAAAGGUGAUAUAUAUCAAAUACACUGACAAAUAUGUUAUUUCGAUAUGCAACGAAAACUUUUCAGAUAGUACCAUUUGUUCAGGGAUUGCAUUAUCUGACUAGACGUUUUAAUCUUGUUUCAUAUAACAAAGAGGUAGGAAAUAAUCAAAAGUAACGAAGCUAGUGCGAAUUGAACCUGUUACUUAAUGAAAUUACAGGGUAACUGCAGUUCUGCAAGUGAUAUAUCUUUCCGUUCAUUUGUUAUGAAUUCAUCAUAAAAAGAAUUUAGUACCAUACUUGUUAUCAAUGUGGUAGACACUGUAAUUUGAAAAGAGGCCUUCUUGAGAGCAACGCUGAUCAUUAUUUCUUAUAGGUAGUAUUUUAUAUUAUCUGUAACAUGUAUAAAUGUAAGAUUGUUAAACGUAAAGAGAUUUUGAACUGAAUCUUAACAGUCAGUAUCAAAGAUUAUUGAUUAAAAAAAUGUUAAAAGUCAAUUGCAACGAAAAAAUAACAAAUUAGUAAAAUAUGCCCAAGUUCGAUGCCUUUGGAUUUAUAUGUAUGUAAAGUUAACAGAAACAUUGGACUUAUGCCGUUUGUUCCCUAGCCCUCCUAUAUUAUUAUGUAUUAUUAAUGAAUUAAUAAUUGUUAUGUCUGUAAUAAAACAAGGAUCAAUGAGCCCUGUUUAGAUUUCAACAUAAGCCAUGGGUUGCACGUUGUUUUUUAAUGUAUGUAUAUUGGCUGCUUUGCCAAGAAGCGUAGGUUGAAAUCAUCAAUUGAUCUUUUUAUUCAAGAUUUAGAGUUUAUUUUAUUAUUCAGAAGAAUUUUACUUUCUGUAUCGGAUAGAUAUUAAUUAAUAAUUUUCAAUAUACCUAAUAAUCUAUAUCGUAAGAUUUUGCGCAUAUGUACGUACGCACGUGCUAAUAAAUUUUUAACUUAAUACACAAUUAACAAAUAUUACGUGGCAUUCGGAAAUUUGGAUUUUUCUUUAUCAAUUCAAGCCUAGUCAAAUGUUAACUAGACUAAUUUCGAGAGUAUUGCUUCGUGUACGCCAUCCACAUGUUACCACGCAGUAAUCUUUAAGUAAUCAUAUACAAUUGCUAUCGCAAAGCAUGAUGCUACAAAUUCUACAUUCACUGUUUUAAAUUGAUGCAAUAUAUGGCAACAAAAUUAUUUUAUGUAGCACAAAAUAUACGGUGUCUCGCUUUACAUUUCUUCUACACAAAUCAACGCGUCUGUACCUUUUUAUAACUAUGAGACAUUAAUUCUUAAUCAAUUUAUUUAGAUUUGACUUCUAUAAAUCGAGGUGAAUCCUGUUAUAUCGCCGGUGUAUUUCAAAUAAAUAAAAUCACGGGGGUCUCUCAUCUAAUUUUUUUGUUCGGUGUUUGUACACGCUAAUUUCAAUCAAUAGCGAGGCACCAUAUGAAAUUUAGUCACUACAAAAAAAGAGCUAAGCUAAUGGGACAUUGAGUGACACAAAGUUGCAAUAUAAUUAUAGUUCAGAGACAUUAUAAGUAGAAUAAAUAACUGAAUAAGAAAGUUUUAUAAGUUUUAUAAGAAUUUUUUCAAGGUGCUUACAAAAAAUGUAUUAAGAAUU